AUUGUAUUUACAGAGAUACAAUUACUCUGUAAAUCUGCUAUAAAAGUUUCUAAACAAUGCAGUAUCUUUACUUACCUCAUCAUGAACUAGUAACAGUUUACAGACUGGUUCCAUCUAUGGACCACACUUUGAGAAACACUGUUUUAGAGUGUGUGUGCGUGUGCACUUGUGUACUCUGGCACACGUUUGGAUGUAUUGGGUACAUUCAAAUUACAGCAUAUAACGUAGAUUAUAUAACAGCUUUAUAUGAUAAUUAAAUGCAUUUGGUGAGCUCUUUGGUAAAAAUGGAGUUUUUCUAGAAGUGACAUUAAAUGCUUCAAUUGUAAACCAAUACAAAUGGCAUAUAUGUGAAUACAGUUAUCUGUUUCAAAACACAGUUGUCCGGUAAUACUUCUAAAGCAUAAAGUAGAAAGUGUUUUGUAAUGUGAAAUGAAGUCACCUCCUCUCUGAUUCACACUCAAGUUUAAAUGGGCACAGAUACUUUAGAUAGGAAAUGUUCUGUGCAAAGUGUAUAUACAAAUGAGGCUUUUAGCACUGAAGAGUAGGAAAUGUUUCUGUCAUGUGAAGCCUUAGAUAAGGGAGUUGUUACUAUCAUACCUUCCUUGCCUUAGAGAACAGUUAAUUAUGGGACUGGUCUUCGGUCCUAGUGAUAGACAGCCAUUUUCUUAAUGUUUACAAAGUGAGAGAAAGUGUUUCCUACAAGCAACUCCACAUUCUUUAUGAGUGUUAACAAAUUCUCCAGCUGAUUCUGACUUGAUGGCUUGCAGCUGUCUUCAUCCUUCUCUCCUGGAGACUGAGGCACGUGAAGGCAGUCACCCGGAGUGGGACCUGUGCACCGGGCUCUGUGUCCACCUGCAUGUCUGUCUGCCUGGAGGGGCAGCGUGGCCUUCUUUCACAAAGCCUUGGGAGGAAGUUCUGGGAAGUUUUAUUAUGGUUAGCCUUAUUCCUUUAGGAUGAGACUCCUAAUUGAAAAUGAUAAUGAGGUGUCCGCGAAGAUGUUCAGCCCCUUGAAGACCAGGCUUUAGUCCUGUGCAGGACUACCCACCUUCUGGCCGAGUGCCCAAGACAGCGUAGAUGCGGGAUGAGUUAAAGGAUUGAAGGAGGCCAUUCAGUAAAAAGCAAGUCGCCUUUAGAAGAAAAACUGGAUAACUACAAAGCACUUUCUUGUGUGUGACGAUAUCAGAAAGAGUGAGUGGCCUUGAGGAGAGCAUUAACACGUGCCUGUGGGUAAGUGGCGUAGAGGGCAUAGGGAGCGAGCGUGGGCCUGGCUUGAUUAGAAGCAUGUCUGCUGGUCUGAACGACGGCGUAAGGACAGCUUUCUUGAUUCACUGGUUGGAAAGUGAGGUCUCUGAGUCAAAGGCGGGUGGACUUGUGAUUGCCGUUUAGCUGGUAGAAGUUCUGAGAUGAAGGACCACUCCCCUGAAGGCACAGACAGCUGAGGGCGUCUCCACUCAGGCCAGAGCACACAAGGAGACCUCCGAGGCUGUGCGUGUCAGGCGAGAUAGGCAGGAGUUAAAAUCCAACCCAUUCCCCAGUGCUCAAGGUCUGAGAUAGGAGGUCAUUGUUUCUUUGAAAUCCCUGCUGGAAUCACAGUAGGUAUUGUUUUAAGAAAUGUGUCGAGUACCCAAACAGCAAUGCUUAUAAUCAGAGCAAAUUUCUUUUAAAUUAGUCCAGUUGCACUCAGGCAUGGCUGCAUGCGAUGAAAUUGAGCCAUGGGAAAACUUGGGCUGGGCAAUCCACCUUCCUCCACUUGAUUCUAGACGGAAAAGCAGUGGCAGCUCAAUCACUGUGGUCAGUUAACACAGUCCAAGCACUUCGCCACAUGUCACCAAACAGGCAGAAAGGCUCUAUGUGUGAUGAGGAAGGAAACGGCAUUUUGAAAGCACACGUGGUUCUACCAAAAUUGUACAUAUUCCCUUUUCUCCAACUGGGUUCUUUUCAUCGCUCUAGGUGUGUUCAAGCUGUAAUCUAUGAUACCUUUACCUGUUUAGGUCAUAGUAUUGUCAGUGUUUUCUUGGGCUUUAAAAAUAGAUCUGUUUGGGGGAGGGAAGUUGAACCUGCAUGGUAACGCCGUAGGCAUGCGAACGCAAGCCCAGGAGCACAAAGUCAAAAUCACGGUUUCCAUGGUAACGUUUAACUUGUCUGUGUUGUACACAUUUCUCAAGAAAUACAUUCAACAGACUACCCAGUGAUAAAAAUUGCUCCACCGGCACACAAAGAUAUAUGUUGGGGAAAGGAGGAAAACGGAAGUUUGACGAGCAUGAAGAUGGGCUGGAAGGCAAAAUUGUGUCCCCCUCCGACGGUCCGUCCAAGGUGUCUUACACCUUACAGCGCCAGACUAUCUUCAACAUUUCCCUUAUGAAACUCUACAACCACAGGCCCCUCACAGAGCCCAGCUUGCAAAAGACCGUGCUCAUCAACAACAUGUUGAGGCGGAUCCAGGAGGAGCUGAAGCAGGAGGGCAGCCUGAGGCCCGCGUUCCCCGCCUCUUCGCCGCCCGCCGACCCGCUGGGCUCCAGCUACCGGGAGGCACCGCCUGCCUUCACCCACCCCGCGCCCGCGCCCUGCGAGCUGGGCGGCGCUGCGCCCCUGGAGGCCUGCCUCACCCCCGCCUCACUGCUCGAGGACGACCAGGACACGUUUUGCACUUCCCCGGCCGCGCAGCCUGCGGCCCCCGCCAGACUCGCACCUCCUGCCCUCCCGCCGGAAAAGGACAGCUUCUCCUCCGCCCUGGACGAGAUCGAGGAGCUCUGUCCCACAUCUACCUCCAUGGAGGCCGCAGAGGCCACCACCGACGACCCGAAAGGGGACUCCGGCGGGCCCGGCGCGCAGAGACCCGAGGGGCUCCAGGACGGCCGGCCCGACGACCCGAAACUGAUGGACUCCCUGCCCGGCAACUUUGAGAUCACCACGUCCACGGGCUUCCUGACAGACUUGACCCUGGACGACAUCCUGUUUGCCGACAUUGACACGUCCAUGUACGACUUUGACCCCUGCACGUCCGCGUCGGGGACAUCCUCAAAAAUGUCCCCCGUGUCGGCCGACGACCUCCUCAAGACGCUGGCUCCCUACAGCAGCCAGCCCGUCGCCCCGAGCCAGCCUUUCAAGAUGGACCUCACGGAGCUGGACCACAUCAUGGAGGUGCUGGUCGGGUCCUGAGCCCCGGGGCCCGUCGCCUGCACCCCGCACCCCGACAGCUCUCCGCACUGUGCAUGUACCCUUGCUUGCCUUUUUCUGAGAAAAAGAACAUUCUACAAAAGGAUCACACUAGUUUUUGCUUUGAGCAGAGUUGGAGUGCCUUCAUCCAAGUAUGACCACUUUUAAUAUGCUUUUUUGAGUGGUUCCUCAGAGACCUAGUACCCGGGAAUAGGAAAGAAUACAUUUGAAGACAAUGUCGCUAUGUGGAAUGACAAAAAUAAACAGCUCAAGUGAAGCACAAGGAAUAAGUUGGAAAAGCUGUAAAUUGCAUGUGCAUAUUUGUCUAUUUUUUCUAUAAGUUUUAUUGCAAGAGGUAAAAAAAGAAAAUAUAUAUAUAUAUUAUUUAGAUAAUCUCAGUACCUUUUCCGGCAUUUUCGCCCUGUAUAGGUUGACUUGGCAAUUCAGCCUUUUUAGAGGCAUUAACUACUCCUCGUAAGUGUUGCAUUUACAUGGCUGUUUAGAAACUGCUGCCCAAAUUUAUUUUAUAUUUUUGUACAGAUUCCGCAGUUUAUGAUAUUGUUUUUCUAAAAACAAAUGCUGUUUAUACAUAUGAGAUAGCUAUUUUGAUAGGAUUUGCUCACAUAGUUCCUGCAAACUUCAGAUGUACAAGUUGCACUUGUACUUUUAUAGAGUUGUAAUGUUUUAUAUGUGUUCGGUGCAAAGAGAAAAUUGGAUCAAAUCAAUCCGCAGUUGAUGUCCCCAGACGCGCGCGCGCGCACACACACACACACACACACACACACACGCAGCGCUUUAAGAAGGGCCAGGAGAUAUCACACCCAAAUUUCACAAGCACCGACCCCCUGGCAUGAACACCCGCCAGCACUGUGACUUCCAAAGCCAGAGCCACAUCUGCUCAUCAAACUUGCAUUAAGCAGUUGGCGGGAGGUGGCCAUGGAGCUCGGGGUUUAAGUCAUGGUUCUCUUUAGCUCUCUCUCUGGAGGGGAAGGCUACCAAGUACUCAUUGUAUUUAUGCCAAGUCUGCGCUUUUAAUUGUUUUUAUUUUUUUAAACAAAACCCCAGAUCUUUCCCUUUUUGGCAUAAUUUUUAUGAAGACCUGAAAUUUUACACACGAACAAAAUUUUAUGAAAAGCAACUGACCUCUUCAUGGAACUAAACCCUGUUGCGACGCUUAGGGCUCGUCAAGAAGGAACUCUCCCCCAGAAGGCAUCCAUCAUGUCGCUCUGUUGUGUUUUCCUGCUUCCCUUCCUUAGAGCUUUCUUUCCCUCUGUUGCUAAGUGCUGAAAAUGGCAUCUUCAUGAUCACCACAGUGAGCCCAGCUCUCCUCGGCCCAGCCUAGGAUGCACUCUUGUAACACGCAUGGCUCCUGAACCUGGAGUUGGUCCCAUUACGUCACGGCCUCCGAUCUGGUUGCUUUCUUAAAUCAACUGCUUUAACUACACUUUACAAGGCUGUUUUACCCAAAUACACAGAUAGGACUUUGUAUGCAUGUUCCCCUCCUCCCCCAUUGCCAUCCUCUCUCUGCCAGGAGAACUUGAGAACUAGCUUUUUAUUCCUAGCGGUGUACAUUUAAUUUUAAAACGUUUGCAAUGUAUCAUGCUUGUUGCCGAAAUUGUUAAUGGCCUUUCCGUUUCAGUUUUUUCUUUCUUCCAAUGGUACUUUAGCUGGUUACAACCUAUAUUGUUGAAAUGCAGGUGGCUUCUUUAGGAAUAACUUUUAUAUUUAUUUAAGAAUUUUUAAAUUAUGGGAUUUGUGUUGUUGUUGUUGUCUUUGUUGUUGGUCAUUUGUCAAUAUUCAGUCACCAAUUCUGCUCACUUCUUGCCAUGGAUAAAAUUGAGUCUUUCUGGCCAAUUAAAAAAGACAGCUUUAUAAAAUGGCACUUUAAACAAGCCAUAGAUAGUUUUAUUUUUAUAAUACACAUGGCAAAGCAAAUACACUUUGAUGAAGGAACUGCUCAUCUAAGCAAAAGAUUCGUGUAUGAUAUGAUUAAAUCUCUCUACGUUCUGAUUUACUCACCCCCCCCACCCCCUCCCGCCAACUUGAAUGUGUUUUUAAAGGCUAAUUAUCAACUCAGACGAGCAGUGAGAAACCGAUCAAACUGCACCGUUCUCCAGCAAGCACCCUCCACCGGACACCUCUUACUACUGCAGAUGUGUCAUUCCCUUUGAUAGGACCAGGGACCAUGUAGUUAAGGUGAGGGUUGUGGUAGAUGCUUCCGGUGUCACCGUGCCUGUCCGUUUGAAGGGCUUCCUUUUCCUGUAGAGAACAAGUCCGCCCAGGCUCCAUGCUUCUGCUAACUCAAGGACCUGGCAGACUCUCCACAUGCCGCCUGCAUACACAUACGUGUACAUGCACAAUAGUGUUGAUUAUUCCGGACAAUAACAGGGUAAGGCGGCUGAUUUGCCAUUGUUGAAAACUGAUUGAUAGUAACUUAGAACAACUGUACUUCGGUUGGAUUAGUAAAUCGUGUGUUUAAACAAAUCCCAUAUGUUGGGCAGCAGUUCAAAUAAGCACAGCGAAGUGUUGCCCACACGUGGUUCUCUGACUCUCCCGCGUUUAUAAGGCUGGGCUUCAGGAUCAAAAACAAAAACCCCCAACAGCAGCGCGCAAAUGCUUUUUAAUUCUCUGGACACCCUCACCGUAAAUUCUUGAUAUUCAAGGUCUAAUGAGGAAGACGUGGGGAAUUAGUGGCCCUGUUUCAAAAGAACAAAACCAUCAAGUGUUCCAGUUAUCUUUGUGUCUUAUUUUUACAAAGUGAUGUCCCGACAGGGAAGAACGUGAGCCUGUGUGUGAUCUCCAAGUCCCAGCUUGAGUGUGGGACGUGCUUCCAGAUGCCACCCGGCAGCAGUGCCUUCCCGUUUCUAAAGGACAUCCUGUGGCAUUCAGAGUCAGGCAGGCAGUUUGAGGUGCCUUUACGAGAGGGACAGAGAGACAUGCUGGGUGGGGCUGGGAGAGGACAAUUAUUGACAGUGAUGUGCAAUGAAGUGACAAGAUGAGAGCAGAAUAAUAAGAGCUUUGAAUUUGAAGUGAUUUUUUUUCAUAAGUUAUUUAUUCCUUUUUUUCUGUGUAAAUAUAUUUAUUUUACUGUGGAGCUCUAACAACAUCUGGAUCGUAACAUGUGCAGAAUGUAUGUAGGAAUUUAUUCUCCUGUAGGAAUGUCAAUCUGUAUUAAAAGGGGGUCCGAGCCAGACCCCUGGGUCUUCUCAUCGUAUGCACAGUCCACGUUCAUUUUUACUCUCUCCUCUAAUAUGGGUCGAUUUGAAAUAUGCAAAAGGUAUGGAUGAGGAAUGUUUUAAUACCUCCAAAUUUUUAAGAAAAUCAAGCAUCAAAGGGUUGAUAUUUUUUAAAGUUUUUCUAGUCGCACUUUCUCUCUUUAUGACAGAAGGGGCAUCCACACCGACGCCCUCGCUCACACCAAAGGGUGAGAGCUAGCCACAGCCGCCUCCACCGGAGUGUCUUUCUCAAUUGUGCUGUUUAUUGCCAUAGCCCCUUGGAGUGUCCCAGCUGCCCUGAGAUCGAUCAAGGAAAUUCCUUAAAUAAAUAAACUCCAAAGAGCCAAAGUGUCAACUUACGGAUCAUUUUUAAAGCUUAAAUUUAUUAACCACCUUUGUGGUAAACAAUGAAUUAUGAAUCCGCAGGGCAGCCUUCUCAAAUGACAGGUGCAAAAAAUAAUAAUAAGAGAGAGAGAGACUCUACUUUGUGCAGCGAUUGUUAUUCUCUGUAUGAAUUGUCUUAAUUUCAAAAUCUUGCUGUUACAAAUUGGACCUUUAUAUGCUUUCUGAAAAUAAUUGAAAAGAGCAUAUUUAACCUGUUUCGGCUGGAAAUGGUUGACUUCCAGUAACUGCCAACGGCAGUGAGGUGUGUGCGUCCUGCUUAUGUACCGUUGUUUUCAGGGCUUCUAAGAAUAAGUCUGAAUGGUUCUUGAGAAUUAGCCAGGAUCAAAUGCUCUUGCAAGCAAAGCCAAUAAAAAUUUUGGACGUCUUUUGGGGAUAACAAGUUUGGAAGGGAAGUCGGUCCAUACGAGCAAACAACCAAGAUUUGGAAAAGAUGUACAUAGUGACAUGUUUGGUGCAUGGUUUUUGAGGAGGGCUUUUGUCAAACAGGAGGUGUAACCUUUCCCCCACAGACCUGAGAGCUGUGCCUUUUCUAUGCAAUAUUACUAGACGUUACAUCGGAACCCAGAUGGUUGUAUUCACAUGUAGGUUUGGGCUGUAAUCUAAACAAUUGGACAGAUUAAAUGUACAUGGAAAUGAGCAGUCUUACUUUUGUAGUUUUAUAUUAUACAAUAAACAGUUAAAAGAUGA